AUGAAAAAAACUCAAAAAUCAUUGGUUUCACUUUAUUUUUUUGUUUUUGCAAUUGCUAUGAUUACUGAACACAUGAGAAUUAUUGCUACAAGAGAUUUCUCUUGUGAUUUUUAUUAUGAUGAGAUUGGUCAUCUAUUAUGUCUCAAGCUUGGCUGUAGUGCAAGUCACAGGUUUCACAGACGAGUAAGCUUGCUUGUAUGUUUGCUUAUAUUGGCUGAAUCAGACUGA